CGUGUUGGCGUUCUACUGCCUGUGUGAUGCUCAUGUAUGCCGCAGUUGCACUGGCAAAUCCGAGUGGAACCACAGCCCAAGGCAGCAAUCCGUAGCAAUGGGCCGAGAUUGAGGAAGCUAUCCACCUCCGCGUGGCGCAUGUCUAGGCACGCCUUCGUUUAAGUACGGCGUUGGAGGGCGGGGCGGCGAGCGACGAGAGGGCGGCGGGAGGAGAGGGCCGCCAGCGUGAUGACCGCUCGCUCGCAUAGAACUAGCCACUCGUACUGCUGCUGUUCGUCUCUCGGAAACGGCGUUUGCCCGAAGUCGAUUGCUCCAGGCACCUGUGAAUUCUCCACCAGCGUGCUGCCGGUGAAGCCAGGUAACGACAUUGGCGAAGAAGCAAUAAUCCGGCCGCCUGGCUCUUGGAUGUUCUUCAUCUUCCUCCAAGAGCCCCGCUCCGCUGCCUCGCUGAGCCUCUCACAGCGCACAGGGACGACAAGCGACAUCCGCGUUGCCCGAGACACGAGGGGACUCUGGUGACCGCCCAUGGGGCAAGCGCCGCGGAGCCGACCUCGAAAGCAUGAGCGACCUGAAGCGCUUCCUCAGCACGCGCAAGAGAAAGGACAGUCGUCGCGCCUCUUCACACAGCCCAACCAAAAGCCGAGAUAUUCAGCCUUCCACCUCCACCAGUUCCUCCAGACCCGAUUACCUGGGAGACCUGUGGUCGAUAUACGAUGAACCCAAAGUCGCCCGCGACAAGGAGGAGGAGAGGAGCAUCAAGGGCAUCCUCGAACGAUUUCGCAGUCAUGGCAUCGAUACGAUGACAGAGGGGAACGCGCGAUACGCUCUCCGGACUACACAGAACAAAGGCGAUGGGGACCAGGCAUUUCGGCUACUACUCCUGCUGCAAGAGACGUACGAGGGCAUUGUCAAGCAGUAUGACCCCAGCACCCAGUUGGUUGGAGCAAUAAAUCGGAACAAUGUCACAUGCUACCUCGAUGCCUUGCUCUUCGCCAUGUUCGCGCGAUUGGACAGCUUCGAAGCAAUGCUCUACAACGACUUCAACGACAAGCCGCGAAGACGACUGGCAGGUCUGCUACGAUUGUGGGUAAAUAUGCUCCGGACAGGCCGCUUGAUCACGACGGAUAUCACAAGGCACCUGCAGCAGUCUUUGGCCGAGUGUGGUUGGGAAGAUGCAGCCAAUACAAGGCAGCAGGACCCUUCUGAGGCUUUCACGUUCGUUACCGGCCAGCUCGAACUUCCUCUUCUGACACUGAAAAUGGAUCUGUAUCACACCGGCAAGGAGGAGCCUCAAGAUGAUCACAAAUUCGUCAACGAGCGAAUGUUGGAAAUUGCCAUCCCUGAGCCAUCCGAGUCGGGCCAGGAUAUUACCUUGGAAGACUGUCUUGAGCACUACUUCAACAAUCGAGUGGAAGUCAUGAGACAUUUGGAAAAUCAACGACGUAACACGUUGAAGUCUGGUUCCGACCCAUGGCAAGACAGCACCAGAACCGAGAAGAGUUCUGGCCUUCAUGUCGAAAUUGCGGAAAUUCCUGCAAGUGGGCCCGGAACACCAAUACCUCAAACGCCUUUGACAGAAUCGCCUGUUGCCAUGACUCACAGCAAAGACCCUUUGGAGAAGAUACGACCUGGCGCAGGACGAAAACGUGGAGACAGCAUAUUUGGCCAGCGCAAGAUCGAGCUGAUAGGAAUCGACCCGGAAAAGGAAGGCGGCGACCCGCCGCAGGAGAGGGAACGGAAAAUGAGCACGAAGACAGAAGUGCUCAUGCCUGCUUGGCAAUUCUUCAAAUUGCUCCCGUGGUACACGGAUCACAUGCCAACUUCCGAUGCGCAGGUUGCAGCACACUUCGCGAAGAAACGACCGGUUCUUGGCAUUUGCCUGAAACGAUAUUCCUUCACCAAUAAUGGGACAGCGACGAAGCGAGAUACUUAUAUCGACAUCCCGCUUGAGAUCGGGGUCCCAAACUUCGUUAGUGACGAGAAUAUGCAAGAAGAUGGUCCGCUCGUAGGCAACUUCAGAUUGAUCUUACAAUCAGUCGUCUGUCACAGAGGGACGUCCGUGCACUCGGGACAUUAUGUUACUCUCUGCCGUGGCAAGUCGUCCUCUGCGAUUCCCGAGAGCACGCCUCCUAGCCGACGAAAUAGCGUGUCUGACAGCGAGGACAUCGAGGACCCGUGGAUGCUUUUCGAUGACUUGGCCAGCAACCGGGUGACUUACGUCGACAUCCAUCAGGCGUUGAGGAAAGAGACACCUUAUCUCCUCUUCUAUCAAGUGCAGCCAAUAGGAGAUGAUGGACAUUCCAUCCACGACCUGCCUUCGUACGCAGAGGCCACCAGCAGAUCUGCGUCUGAUGUUUUUGCGCACGAGGAAAAGCCAUACAUUAAUUCUGUACUGGGCUCCGAAAAUGCACUGGAGCACAUUCCCUCGCAAACGCUUUCCGAUGGCGUGCGCGUGAAUUCGGACACAGUGGACUGGGCUCCCGGCACUGGUAGGCACAGUCUUGAUGCGAGUGGAAUUCUGGAUGGCCCCAGGGGUCGGUCAAGCAUGCAAGAGCAUCGCCGCAGUGCUACUCAAGACGAAGGUAGUCACAGUGGCAGCACGUCGGGUGGCAGCAUUCGGACUGACCCCACGGGCUCUGUGCCUUCAACGCCUGCCGAUGAAAACGGACCGACCGAAAAGACGGGGUUCCUGGCCGUUGCAAGCAAAAUGACAGGUUCUCGGAGAGGCAGCAAGUUGUCCAAGGAUUCGGCGACAUCAAAAAGCAGACCCAGCAGCACAGGACCCAUGGGAUCAAGCAACGCAAAUGGCAGUCGGUUCAGUCUCAAUCUGAAUAUGGCCAAGCUCGCGCAGAAGAUGAGCAAAAACGAUAUUUCGCAGCCAGCUACCGACGACACGCCUGCGAUUGCCGCUCCUGCCGAGACAGGUCCGGCUGAUGACACAGAUACUACCGAGCUCAAUACUCCGACCAACAGAACGAGCGUACACUUGCCUCGGAACGAAAGUGGAGAGACGGUCGAUACUUUGAAACCUGCGCAUGAUGCGCAUGGAUUGGCGCCUUUGACGAAGAAGGAGAAACAGGUUCUGAAGGCUGCGAAGCGUAAAAGAGCUGCAGAAGAUCGGGAUUGUGUUAUGAUGUGAUGUAAAUGUGCACAACACGGGCAUGUCUGGAAUGAAUUGGUUGAUUAGCGAGGCGUUUCUUGGGAUAUGAGACUACGCAUUCGCGGAGAAAUGAUACAUGAAAGAGCUAUUAGAUGUGUGAGCAUGUCAAUUGGUCAAUUCUGACAAAGGUUUUGCAGCAGUUGCCCAAUGAAGAUACCCAGCCAUGCAUAUGUUGCUCGAGGGAGCUUGAUGCAUAAGCGUGGAAUGAAAAAGGGCAUGGGCUGGCAAUAGAACCUGCGCGGUCUAUCUUGAGCCACGAACGGAACAAUGCUUUUGACUUAUCUUCCUUCCAAACAUGCCUGGGCGAGUCAUGUCUACUCACUUCACCCCAGUCUUUUCAAUCCUCUUGAUUCACAGUGAUGAUUUUUCGCUCAACGCUAAUCGAGAAGGAGCCAAUGCCAAGUCGAGAUUUUAAACCUUCUUUACUGCUUUGAAGUUCGAACGAGAUCUUGCCGUUGUUGCACAUCGCUCUCGCUUUCUGUGCGAGCUCAUAAUAAGGUCGACAUGAUGCUCGUUGCGUUGGACGGGCUUUCGAUGGCUCUUUGGAGCCCGAUUGUCAAUGAACUUGGUGGACGAUGUAAGUCGACCGCCGAAUCUGUCCUACGAGGUAUUGCUCGAGGCUGUGACGGAGAGAAGCG